AAUAGAGAGGGAGAGCAGAGCAACAGAGAGGGGACUGGGGGAUAGAGUGGGAGCUGCAGGCUGACACACAGAGAGAGAGAAGGAGAGAGCAGAGACCAGCAGCACGUCUGUCUCUAUCUGUCGCCUCUUGGAUCUCCCUGGGCACAGCUGUGGGCUGCUUCCGACCACGAGUGGAUCCUUUUGCUCAGACACUGUGCGAGGGAGUGCCUGAGUGCGUAGCACGCACCAGAGUAUCCCAGUGGCUACACACAAGUCUGUAUUCAACCUCUCUGGUUAUGGUGCUGCCACACACAUAGGUUUGACUGGCUUCGCUCUGGACUUGAAUCAACACCCAUGAUCCCCAGACAUCUCUGGCAUACCCUCUCAUGAAGAUGGGAAAUGCCUCUGAAACAUUUCUGCUUGUGUCCAGAAUAUCAAAAGACAUUGACAUCCUCAUGGGAACUCUCUACAUCAUUUUUGGUGUGCUGUCAAUGCUGGGGAAUGGGAUCCUGCUGUUCGUGGCCUAUAGAAAAAAGUCCUCCCUGAAGCCAGCAGAGUUCUUUGUAGUUAACCUGGCCAUCAGUGACAUGGGCAUGACUAUAACUUUGUUCCCGCUGGCUAUCUUCUCAGCAUAUGCUCACAGGUGGAUGUUUAAUAAGAUGGCCUGUACUAUCUAUGCCUUCUGUGGCGUUUUGUUUGGCCUGUGCAGUCUGACCAACCUCACUGUGCUCUCCUCCGUCUGCUGGCUCAAGGUCUGCUGCCCAAACUAUGGUAAGACAACUUGUCUUUGUGCUUUAAUUCAUAAAAAAAACCUAUAUUGA